AUGGCUACCGAGGUCGUGGAUGUUGACAAGGGAGCCCGUUUAGACCCGGAGAUGCCUUUGGAUGUCAAAUCGGACAGAUUGGCGAACUUGGAAGACCCCGAUGAGGGACUCAGUGAUGAAGAACGGGCCAAGAUUGACCGUAAGCUUCUUUGGAAGCUUGACCUUCGUCUUCUUCCAUGGCUGAGUCUAUUAUAUCUAGCCUCCUUCCUCGAUCGUACCAACAUCGGCAAUGCCAAGAUCGACGGCCUUAGCAAGCAACUGGGUAUGACAGCGAACCAGUACAACGCCACCCUGACCAUCUUUUUCGUCUCAUACUCCGUUUUUGAGCCCGCCACAAACGUGCUCCUUAAACGAUUACGACCAAGCAUCUUUAUUCCUUCUAUCAUGAUUGGCUGGGGAAUUUGCAUGACCCUUAUGGGUACAGUGCAUAACUACAGCGGACUGAUGGCAGUGCGGUGGUUUCUUGGUCUCACGGAAGCCGGCUUAUUCCCAGGCAUAGGCUACUUCCUUUCUUGCUGGUAUCGGCGCGAAGAGUUUGGCGUACGAAUGGCCAUUUUCUUCUCAGCUGCCGCCCUUGCUGGUUCCUUCGGUGGACUUUUAGCAGCCGCCAUCGCCAACAUGGACGGAGUCGGAGGCAAAGCCGGUUGGGCGUGGAUCUUCAUCCUAGAAGGACUGGCAACCGUCGUUAUUGGCGUGGCCUCCUUCUGGUGUGUCUACGAUUUCCCCGACCAGGCCCGAUUCCUGUCCGAGAAGGAUCGGGCCCGUGUGGUUCGCCGACUCGCCCUGGAUGCGCAGUCGAGCGCCGAGCACGAGGAGUUCAAGAUGUCCUACUUCUGGGCUAGCGUCAAGGACUGGAAGACCUGGACGGGUGCGAUAGUGUACAUGGGAGCUGACGGAUCGCUGUAUGCCUUCUCACUGUUUGUGCCAACAAUCAUCAGCGAACUACGGGGUUUGUGCAACAUCGCCACCUCGAUCCUCGGUAUCGUGGGAUUUUCCAUGCUCCUGGGAUGUCAGUCUGCUGGGGCACGCUAUGCAGGGACAUUUCUCGGGGCGAUGGGUAUCUAUCCCGCAAUCGCCAACACGAUCUCCUGGUCGAGCAACAACAUCGAGGGGGUGUAUAAGCGCGGCGUAUCGCUAGGAUUUAUCAUCGGCUGGGGCAAUCUGAACGGUAUUGUUUCCUCCAAUAUCUACCGUGAAGCAGAUGCCCCCCGAUUUUAUCCUGGACAUGGCACUGUGCUCGCCUACCUCGUGGUGUUUCUCUUUGGGGGCUCGAUCGUCCAGUACGUCCUGCUCCGCCGGGAGAAUGCCAAGCGUCGGCGCGGUGAGCGAGAUCACUGGAUCGAAGGCCUUGAUCAGAAUGAGAUCGAGUUGCUAGGUGAUAAGCGGCCCGAUUUUAUGUACACUCUGUGA